AUGGUCGAUGUUAAGGAGAACGCCAAAGUCCCCGAGAUGACUCCAGAGGACAAACUUGAACAGGGCUCAACACUUUCAAUUCGGUUGCCUCCUACGCUUCAGGGCACAACAGAUGACGAGAGAAUAGCGGUGGAAAAGGACUUGGUCAGAAAGCUUGACAUUCGACUCAUGCCAAUGCUGGUCUUGAUAUAUAUCAUGAACUAUUUAGACAGAAAUGCGAUCGCAGCAGCCAAGUUAAGUGGCAUCACAGAGGAGCUCAACCUGACAUCCGUUCAAUUUCAGACUUGCGUUAGCAUUCUCUUUGUCGGUUAUAUUCUCAUGCAAGUACCAUCAAACCUAUUCUUGAACAAAAUCGGAAAGCCUGCACUUUAUCUUCCAACGUGUAUGGUAGUAUGGGGAAUUUUAUGCGGGGUCACUGGUGCAGUUCACAAUUAUGGUGGCCUUCUGGCAUGCCGAUUUAUCCUUGGUUUCGUUGAAGCGGCAUACUUUCCAGGGUGCAUGGCAACAUUAAGUGCUUGGUAUACUCGGGAAGAACUUUCCUUGCGUACUGCCAUUCUCUACUGUGGGUCUCUUCUCUCCGGUGCAUUCUCCGGUCUUAUUGCUGCCGGGCUCCUCGCAUGGAGAUGGAUAUUCAUCAUCGAGGGAUCAAUCACAGUGGUCAUUGCCCUCGCCGCUUACUUUGUUUUACCAAACUUCCCCCACAAUACAAAAGGCCUGUCCCAGCAAGAGAAGGAGCUCGCAAUUUGGCGGCUAGCAAGAGAUAUUGGACAGGAAGAUUGGGAUUGCGAGGAGGAUCUAAGCUUGCUCAAGGGUUUUAAAGACUGCAUGGUUGAUUGGAAGACCUGGCUUCUCGUGAUUCUCAACUUCGGCGCUGUUUCCAGCGGCACAAUCAACAGCUUCUUUCCAACGGUAGUUGAGAGCUUGGGUAAAGGUCGGAUCCAUACACUCCUACUAACGGUACCGCCGUACAUACUGUCCUGCAUUGUCGCUAUGGCUGUUUCCCGAAAUGCGGACCGAACAGGAGAGCGAUACCUCCAUUUCUCUGUACCACUGUGGAUUUCUAUUGCCGGAUUCAUCAUCUCAGCAGCUACGACCAACCUCGGUGCCAGAUACUUUGCGAUGAUGAUCAUGCUGCCAGGUGUUUAUACGGCGUUUAUCAUUGGUAUCUCCUGGGUCGCAAAUACCAUUCCAAAACCAUCAUCAAAAAGGGCUGCUGCACUCGCAUUUGCAAAUGCGGUUGCAAAUUGUUCGUCUAUAUAUACCCCCUAUCUCUAUCCGGACAGUGAUGCCCCUCGUUUUAUUCUAGCUAUGAGCGUGAACGCAGGCACUUCAUUGCUUUCGAUAUUCACUGCCACUAUUUUCCGACUCCUUCUACAGAGAAUCAAUAAACAACUGGACAGAAGGGAUGCCGAAGAGGGAACCGUUGGAGGCUUCCGCUACCUCGUAUAA